AUGUCAAAGACAUCAGAGGUAGUGGUAGAUGUAAGAUGUGAAGUAAAAGGGAAAAUUGGAACAGUACGUUACGUAGGACAUACCUCUUUUGCAUCUGGAAAAUGGGUUGGGGUAGAAUUAGAUGAACCAUCAGGAAAAAAUGAUGGCUCGGUCGACGGCACGCAUUACUUUGAUUGUAGACCAGGUCAUGGUGUUUUUUUUAGAGCGUCACAAGUUAGAUUAUUAAGUGAACCAAUUACUUUACAACAAACUCAGUCACAAACAAGUUUUGCUCCACCGAACGAAAUAAAUGGCGUUCGAUCAAUUCGUCCACCUUCAAUAGUAGGUCUAUCAAAAUUAAAUAAUGGUACUGCUGCGUCAGGAAUACCUAGUAGGCAAUCAACAAAAGGGCCAAAUACGCCAACAAAUCCAAGAUAUAGUCUUCGUAGAAUGAGUGGUCAAUCAUUUACCAGAAGGUCAAGAGGAAAUUCUGAUGCAAGUAGCAUAGAUGGCAGAAAAUUUGACAUUGAUUCUUUGGAAUAUGAUGAAGAUAUGUCAGAGAUGAAUGACAGUAAUAUUUUGACUGAAGAAUCGGAAUCUUUUGAAUUUAGCGAAUCAGAUCUCAUCAACUCUUUAUCAUUUAAACAAGAUUCUAAUAAUAGGUCAGAUAUGCCACAAAGACCAGAAUCAAUGAUUUUCCAAGACCCAUUUUCUUUACAAGAAACAUCUGCUACACAUGAUCGCGAAAAGUUUCGUGAAAACGAAAAAUUGAGAGCCGAAGCUGAACAAUUUUUAAGUGUCAAGCCAAAACUUCAAGCUAAAAUGACUGAAAUGCAACAAGAAUUACGUGAGCUGAGAAAACAAAUGAAAGAUAUCACAGCCGAAAAAGACUUAUUUGAAAACAAGUUCACUGAAUCAAUGGAAUCUAUGGAGAUAAUGACUCUUGAUAAAGAGAUGGCGGAAGAAAAGGCAGAAAAUUUACAACAUGAAGUCAAUUUAUUAAAAGAAAAAAUUGAAGAAAUUAGUGUUGACUUGAAUGUUUUCAAACAAGAAGGUGAUAUGAUCAGUCAAAUUGAUGGCGAAGGAAGAACAACACUAGAAACUAUACAAUUAGAGAGGCAUAAUGCAAGAUUAAAAGAAGCUCUUGUCAAACUCCGAGAUAUGGCAGGUGAACAAGAAGCCGAUUUAAAUAAAAAAAUCAAAUUUUUAGAAAAAGAAUUAGCAAAUUAUCAUGAAUUACAAGCACAUUCUGAACAGCUAAAACAGAAACUAGAGUUAGCUGAAAGUCAAGUUGAAGAUUUGAAAGAUCGUUUAGAUGAUGCAGUACAUGCUGACGAAAUGCUUGAAGCACUGGCCGAAAAGGAUUUGGCUCAAGGCGAAUGA